UGACUUCCAGGAAAGCAGGAUUUUUACAGGAAAAUUAAAAUGAAAGUACAGUUGGGUUCACUUUAAAGGCGUGGUGCAGGAAAGAGGAGGAAGAUUAGAGUGAGUCACACCAGAACCGAACAUUCCACUGUGCAACUUCCAAACUUCAGCUUCUGCUACCAGACUGCUGACAAAAAAAAACAGCUUUUGCCAUGGGGUUGGGUGAAAAUACCUCAAUGGACUAUUAUGAGGACAAUGGUGAAUCAAACUUCACCUUUGACUACACUCAGUUUGAAAUGCUUUGUGAAAAAGAGGAGGUGAGAAAUUUUACUAAAUUGUUCCUACCUGUGUUUUAUUCACUGGCUUUCAUUGUGGGAAUUGCAGGAAAUUCAUUAGUGGUGGCAAUCUAUGCCUACUGCAAGAAACCAAAGACUAAGACAGAUGUUUAUAUCAUCAACUUGGCAAUUGCUGAUCUGUUACUGCUAUUCACCCUCCCUUUCUGGGCUGCAAAUGCAGUCCAUGGAUGGGUGCUUGGAAACAUCAUGUGCAAGGUCACUUCUGCUUUAUACACCAUGAACUUCAGCUCUAGCAUGCAGUUUUUGGCUUGUAUCAGUGUGGAUAGAUAUAAUGCCAUUUCCAAACCCCAAAGUCACCAAAGAGGUGGAAAGCAAUGCAGCGUAACUUGUAUCUGUGUCUGGCUGGCUGCCAUUUUGUUGAGCAUUCCUGAACUGAUUUUUAACACAGUCAAGAAAAACGGUGACCGUUAUGUAUGCUUUCCUGUAUUUCCAAUGGACCUGGGAACACUCCUUAAAGCAACCAUUCAAAUCCUGGAAGUUACGCUAGUAUUUGUGUUACCCUUCCUCGUCAUGCUGACCUGCUACUCAGCUAUUGCCAGAGCACUCGUUAGGUCUCCAAACGUUCAAAAAUCUAGGCCCCUCAAAGUUCUGCUGACAGUAGUGGCUGUUUUCAUUGUCACUCAGCUGCCUUACAAUAUAGUCAAGUUCUGGCGAGCCAUAGACGUCAUCUACUUGCUGAUUACAGACUGUGACAUGAGUAAAACCAUAGAUGUUGCCCUCCAAAUAACUAAAAGUAUAGCCUUGUUUCACAGCUGCCUGAACCCAAUCUUGUACGUCUUUAUGGGAGACUCUUUUAAAAUGUACAUUAUGAAAAUAGCCAAAAAUUUGGGAUAUUGGAGGAGAAGUCGCAAUUUACCAACUGAAGAGAUUUCUAUGAAUUGUGCCGGCCACACAGAAGAAACAAGUAGCUUUACUAUAUAGCAGCUGUAGCACCGUCUCUAACCAGUGUAACAGAAGGGAACAAUUAUAAUGCAUCUGAGAGCUAUUUCCUCUUUGAUUAAACUUAAACAUCCACGUUACUCUGCAAGUCAAAUCUGAAGUGAUGUUCUGACACAUGAACCAGCCAAGAUGUAUCAAAGCAAUUCAAAAUAGAAUAGACCAAAAACCAUAUAGCAAAGGUAAUGGAAACAACAGAAACAGAGUUCAGCUUGAAUGCUUGAAAAAAGUGGGAUUUAAAGGGUCACAGUGCUAGACCAUUACUUAGAUGAGGAGUGAAUGGACUACAUACCGGUAUGCUAAUCACAACAAAUAUAUACUUAAUAUGUAAAAAAGAAAAAAAAGGAAAAAAACAAACAUGAUGGCACUGAAUUUUGUACCCCAGAGUUAAUGAUCUUCAGUCUUUUAAAAUGUAACCUUUCAGAGUUGCUUCUCAAAACUGUUUCAGGUCUUCUUAUUGAUUUUAAAUAUUUGUGUGAAAUUGCAACUCUGUUUUUCCUCAGCUGUCACUUCACAAAUGGCCUGUGAGGCUUGAGCUGAGGAAAUAGUUCAUCUCUGGUAUUUCACAGAGGCAGCAGCAAACAGCAAACUAUGGUCCAGUGUCUUAUGAUUCCAAAUAUGUGUCGCAUGUUUAAAAGAGUUCCUUUUCUGUAACAAUACAGAAUGCCUUUUAAUUAUAUUCUGCUUGCACUAGAUUGCAAUGAAUCCUAUUUCCUAUUAUAUGCACAUGCCAAAUCUUUGGUUUUAAAUCCAUAUUCAUGUGAGAUUACUCAGAGCCUCAUUUGGUCAUUUCCUGGAAGGCAAUUCACAUUUCCAGUGACCUCUAUAAAAUGCUUUGGGAACUGAUGCAACAAUCAGCAAUGGAAAUGUCUUACAUUUUGCAGAUGACACUUAUGAUCUAAUUUUGAACAUGUAGCCCUAUAAAGUUAUAGAAAAUUAGUUUUGAUUUGUAAAUGCAUUGUAUGCCUUUAUGGAUAUUUUGCAGGUGCACUUCAGGCACCAAUCUCUGUAGCUUUAGCACACUGAGUAUAAAUAAUUGGCUGAAGCAAGAGAGCAUAUUUAUAUUCAAUAGUUAAUGAGUGGACACAGUCAUGGUCCUUAAGGAAGGAAUUAGUGAGAUUAAAAGUAAUGGCCUGUGAUAGCUAGAAGAUAGACAAUUUUUUUUAAUUGUUCAUAUAAUUGUUACAUUUAAGAGUUUAAAGAAUACUCAGUUUCCUUCUACUCUCUGCAAUCUGUUUACAUGAGUUUCACUGCGAGGAUGAUUUUGGUAACAAAGGUGGAUCUAAUCGGCUACACACCCCACAUUACAAUAGUCUCAAGACAUUCAUAUGUAUUUGAUGCAGAAAAUAAGGUAAUGAAUGCAGGCCCACUGAAUUAAGGAAGGUGGCUAAUCAGUCAGCAAAUCCUGUGACUUCAUCCCUGUGAGAACAGGGCAAGGUAGGUGGUCAUUUGGUUACAACAGGGGUCUCAAACUCAAAUGACCCCGAGGGCCGCAUGAGGACUAGUGCAUUGGCCCGAGGGCCGCAUCACUGACACGCCCCUUGCUGCCCCUGG